AUGAGAAUCCGAUGCCCUGCCAGCGUUACAGGUUCUUCAUCGGCCUUCUUCACCGUCAGGGUAGUGCACUCCCUCCCGCAGUCAGUCUGCUUAACGGCCCUUCCUCACACUGCUUCAUCUCCGGCCGGCGAGCCGGGUCUUCAGGAGGUCUGCAUCACCGCUCCUGUAGGCUUCCUCUUUAAGCUGUCGGAGGUGAUGCUGGUGGCUCAGCAAGGUGGCGUGGUACAGGUGAAGUCCAAGAAUGAUGUAAACGCGGUAAUGACAAUAAGUCAACAGCCUUCGAUGUCCACCUCUACGGGGCAGAACAUACAAAUAACCUGCACCAUAUCGGGCUCCAGUUCAGGCGGUGACUAUGUCCAGUGGUACCAACAGAUCCCUGGCAAAACUCCAAAGUAUUUAUUCUACUAUUAUUCCGGCACCAUUUAUAAAGGCACGGACAUUCCAAACCGUUUCUCCGUCUCAAUGUCAGGCAACACUGCAACAUUCGUAAUAUCUAACGUUCAAGCGGAUGAUGCUGCAGACUAUUAUUGUGCAAAAUGGGAUAGUGGUUUACAUUUCGGUAAAGGAACGAGGCUGGGUAUUGGUGAUCCUCGGGCACCGGUCGUGUCGGUUCUCCCGCCUUCUGCUGAUGAAGUUACCUCAAAGGGCACCGCCACCCUGGUUUGUUUGGUGAACGGCUUUAAUCCGGGCUCGGUGGCCGUUGAGUGGACAGUCGACGGCAGUGCAAAAAAUAGCGGCGUUGAGACCAGCCCGAUCCAGCAGAAUAAGGACAACACGUUCAGUCUCAGCAGUUACCUGACUCUGACAGCCUCAGACUGGAACUUACACGAGCUUUACUCCUGUGUGGUUAAACACCAGAGUCAGGCAAACCCACUUAAGACAAAUAUCGUGAGAUCCAGCUGUAUCUGAUGUUGGAAACGUGAGGCUCACCUGACAAAGUUAGUUUAUCAUCAUUGGGUUCGUCCAUGUGACAACGUUAGUAAUGUAUUGGACUUCGAUGUUUUCGUUCGGAAAUGCCAUUUGUAAUUGUAACUUCGAUUUUUAUGACGUUCACAUUAAAUGUAGUUCUUUCGAAAGAAUGUCGUUCUUGAAUGAAGCAUCAAGUAGAUUAAAUUGCGUUAGUCAACAGCAUGGAUGUUGUUAUUGUACCCAUGGUAUCUUUGUAGCCGUUCAAUAAAGUUUAAAAAACGCAUUUC